GACCGAACAAAGAUUAUAGAUAAUGUUAAGAAACAAAACUACACCGAGCUACGUAUUACGAAACUUCAAGUGGAAGAUUCUGGAAUCUGGAUCUGCAACAUAGCUGCGUUAAACAGGCACGUUCAAAUGCAUCGGUUAGCGGUGUACCAUCUUAACGUGGUAGACGUGCUGCAUAUGCAAACUAUAUACCUUGAUGCUGAUGAACAACCACAUGAUAACGGUCGAUAUGGCAUAGAUUGGAUUACAUGGCAUUGGACAGCGUGGCAGGAAUGUGAUCGCUGUGACGUGGCGGGCGAACGACGUAGAUAUGGGUUCUGUUACACCAGCGAAACCUCGCUCGAUGACGUCAUAGGGCGCCGUCUACCGUGCAGAUCACGCUUACUCCCCGAAGUUAAACGACAACGGUUGAUGCGGUUUCAUGAUUAUGUUGCCAUCGCGUCAUGCACGUCCAGAUGUAAGAAGAAGCCCGACCAUUAUUACGUUGAUGCUAAUACGGGCAAGCUACCUGUAGUCCCACAUCAAGUCACUCGACAAUUGAUCCAACAAACCACUGGUUCAAGCGUUAAUUUAUCAUGUACUGAUGCCAGCCCCAACUCAGCGGUCGGUUGGCAGUUUAUUAAUGGUAGCAUGGGAAAUGUGGUUCACCUUACUAAAUAUGCGGUGAAUAGGAAACAACUGCUGCAUAUUGCAACUAGCAUACGUCAAGAUGACUCGCUCUAUAUUGAGUCAAUAUCGAACACCAAUAAAGGAUAUUACGUUUGUUACGCGGACCAACAACUGGUAGCAAGUUAUCGACUUCAAGUUACAAGUGGUUUGUUCGACCUAAAUAUGUUCCUUGAUUCCCUGAUAUACCUUGUGUUGUUUAUUGUAAUAUUAGUUUUUGUUAUGACAGCAAUAGCAGUAAUAAGGUCAGGGCUGUUCCGUGAUACAAAAUAUUAAAUUGUGAAUAUAAGUAUUAUAUGUAAGGCUAUACAUUGGUGGAGUUUUUAAUCAAGCCAAAAAAAACAUGUGUAUUGCACUGUAAGGUAAGAUGGGGCACUUUUAGCACAUAGACCCCAUAUUUUCUGGUGGCGUACGCAAGGAACACGCAAAAACGAUAAUCAAGUUUGCAAAACGAACUGUGUAGCCUACAAAUAAUGGACUACAGUUAUAAUAGUGAUAAAUAAAAACAAACGAACACAAAUUGUGAUAAAAGAAAGAAACCAUAAAAUGUAAAAAUUGUGUUGGUGUCAAAUUUUAACGUUAACCCCGCGACAUUACAGUCUUAAUUUAAUAACUUCGAACUCUAAAAACCUUCAAAGUGAAGUAAUGUACUACAUCUAUUUUACCCGAAGUAAUGUUUCAAUAUGGUAGGGUGUGGUCCCGUAUUCUACUGAAGUAUCCGACCAAGAAUAGGAUUCUUGGUUAGUUUCCAAUAUUUCUGAUGAACACUUGGCUUAGAAUCACAUCGCUGUCAAUCAAAUCAAGGAAGCCAUCAUCAAAAUAGGAUAUAUAGUCUAUACCCAACUGAGGAUGUCUUAAGAUUUCUCUCCAACAAAGUGCGCAUACUCUAUAGUUCGAAUAACUUCCACCCUAAAGCGCAUUGGAAGCCAUUGCUACCCGAGACGGGUUCCGGUAAAAUGUGGAGUCAAUUGAACCCUAAUGACAGUAUAUUCACACUUUUUUCGGAAGUUAUCAAAAGUUGAGUUUUAAGACGUUUUCUGUUAUAAACUUAUUGGGGCUCCCUGGAGUUGGUACUCUUUACCAGCGAGGAAGUUAUUGCAAUGCAAAAGAAUAUAAAAGGCGUGUAUCUUGCUGAAACUUCACAAGUUGAUAAACAACUAUAGAAGAUGGAUCGAAGACUUCUUACCAUUCUGCUUAUUGGGCUCGUCUGCUUCGCUUAGCUGGGAGAGAGUUACGGCUAUCGUUAUUAUCACGGAAAUAAGUAGGGGAAUUGAAAGCGAUGUAUAUACGUGUGACUUUGCAUGUUUAAUCAAAUGCGUACAAAGCAAUGAAAAGCAUGGAGGGAGGGGGAAACAUUUCGUU